GCUCAUGUGCCUACAGCCUUCAUUGUGUUUGCUCAAUAUCAGAGGGUGGGGAAUUCACACAUUCAUAAUCGGAUGUUCCUACUGUAGGCCUUGUCAAACUUAAAAAAAUUGACCUGGUCAGCAUUAAAUUACCUGUAUUAUGUUGCUGGAGUUUUGAUCACCUGUGGUGGAUGAUGGUUCAAAAGAGGAAAUGAUAUCAUGUCAUGUUUUGCCCCUUAAUGUUGUCCUUACCAGUAUGUGUAGUUGCAAUUUUUCCAACAGGUAGUGUCAAGGGGGUAGUACACAUGAAACGAAAUGGGAAACCACAAUGACGUUCAGAUAAAAUCUAGGGCACUUCUUGAGGAUAUAAAUACUGUCAGCUCACGGGGACAGCAUGCAAUCCUAAACUAACCUGCAAGGUAAGAAGUCAAUCAGCCUUUCAAGGAUUGUAAACUCAAAGGAUUUGCCUGUGGUUGUGAUUGAUUGAGAAAAUGUGUUUUUAUUUCUAGGAGUCCCAGCAAUUGUGUUCACUGCCAACGUCCAUCGUCCAGCUGAAAUCAUGAAGAGUUUUCUUGUCCUUGCUUUCGUGGUGUGCUGCGCUGUCUGGGGAGACACAGCGUCGCUGCUAACCAGGCAUAAGCACUGUUCACAACCCCUGGACAACUCCGCUACCUGGAAUAACAUCAUAGAUGUGGCCCAACAUGCGCAAGGACUGGACAAGAACCACAUGACCCGCAUACUUCCAAAGAUGCCCGAGAAGGAAUUUAAAGAGAAUGACAGCUGCUGUGUGCACGCCAACAUCUUGGACUACUACCUCAAGAAUGUGCUGACCGAUGCUCUGCCGACUAAUGAUCACCACUCUCGUCUGCCCAUUGUCAAAGAAGAGCUGCACAGGGUCAGACGCGACUUGGUGACCAAUGCCAACUGUGAUCUAAAUAAAUAUGAUGUGUACAAGUACAACAAGACAUUCAGAAAGAAUUUCUUGGCAACGGGUGUUGACGCUACGAUCAAGGCAAUUAGCGAGAUGGAUAUUCUCUUUCACUACCUCUACGAAUCCUGCGGGAAGGAGCGUUGUACAUAAACCUUUACUGGACCACAGAUGCCCAAUAACUACGUUGGGCGCGUGGCCCAGUCAAAAAGGCCUAGCAGCUCUAUUAACCUGAAACUGACUCAAUAGGCAACAUAUAGCCUAUAUUAAUUAAAAUAGGACAAAUUAUUAAAGACUAAGGUAUUUCGUGUCACUGUACCUUUAUAUUUAUUUAUAAGUAUGAUGUGUUGCAUUUAUUUAUUUAUUUAUUUAUAUUGUAACUAUUUAUUAUAGCCUAAUUUCUGGAAAGUUUUUGAAAUUGUUACGUUUGUUUUUGACAAAUUGUCAUUGUACACAGGUGGAUUCAAGGUUGAAUCACUUCGUAAAUGCAUUGUAAAAGCAUUUUUUAAAAAGACCAUAGGCCAUGGG